UAUUUUUCGAUCAGGAAAGAAUUCGCUUAAUAACACAAUAUUGCAGAAAGAGUAUAACGGGAGUCAAGUACACAUUUUGUUUGGAAAUUCUUAUCUGAGCGCAGUUUAUACAAGUAAUAAGAACUCCACUGCAUGAAAAUGACUAUCGGAACAAGUGCUUUGCGUACGCAGCUAAUGGCGCUUGCAAACUUCUCUGGGACGCACAAAGAGCAGGCAGACAAAUACCGGCAAUUGUUAGUGAUGGUGCUCAAUAACAUCGGUAGUGAGCUGGUGGACACUCUAAAGCUCUUCGUGGAAGCUAUAGUCAACGAGCAUGUCAGCUUGGUAAUUUCGAGACAAAUUCUAAAUGACGUUAGCAACUCUUUGUGUAAAUUGUCCGAUGAUAUUUCGCGACAAGUUUCUCACUUUACGUUGGAGAAAGUGCAACCGCGUGUGAUAUCCUUUGAAGAGCAAGUGGCUGGUAUACGGCAGCAUUUAGCUGAUAUAUAUGAGCGUAAUCAGCAAUGGCGUGAUGCAGCGAAUGUAUUAGUCGGCAUACCACUGGAGACGGGCCAAAAGCAAUACCCGGUGGGUUACAAGCUCAAGACAUACUUAAAAAUAGCCAGCCUGUUUUUGAAGGAUGAUGAUUCUGCGCAAGCUGAGUUUUACAUAAAUCGCGCCUCCUUGUUACAAACAGAGACGACUGAUGAAGAGUUGCAGGUGCUUUAUAAAAAGUGCUACGCCCAUGUGCUCGAUUAUCGUCGUAAAUUUAUUGAGGCAGCACAACGUUAUAAUGAAUUAUCCUAUCGCAAGACCAUGAGUGAGAGCGAUCGCAUGGACGCGUUAAGGAGUGCUCUUAUCUGCACUGUACUAGCUUCCGCUGGUCAACAACGUUCUCGGAUGCUGGCAACACUUUUCAAAGACGAACGUUGCCAACAAUUGCCAGCGUAUGCUAUACUUGAAAAAAUGUAUUUAGAUCGAAUUAUAAGACGCUCGGAGCUUAAGGAAUUUGAAGCGCUAUUGCAACCGCAUCAAAAAGCAAUUACAGUUGAUGGGUCAUCCAUACUAGAUCGCGCUGUAUUUGAACAUAACUUGCUUUCCGCUAGUAAAUUAUAUAAUAAUAUUACAUUCGAGGAAUUGGGCGCAUUACUUGAUAUACCGGCUGCGAAAGCUGAAAAUAUUGCCUCCCAGAUGAUUACCGAGGAGCGAAUGAAUGGACACAUAGAUCAAAUUUCGGGGCUUGUACAUUUUGAAAGCCGAGAGGUGCUACCACAGUGGGAUCGACAAAUACAAUCAUUGUGCUAUCAAGUAAAUUCUAUUAUUGAGAAGAUCGCAGCGGCCGAGCCGAACUGGAUGACCAAUACAUUGGAUACCUUGAACUGAUUCGAUUAGCUUGCUAAAAUUUGUUGGUUUUUGAAUUUAAACAGCUUACAUAAGCUUGCAGCGUUUGUGACAUUAAAUUUAAUAAACAUUACAAACCUUUUCUAAAAAGUCAA